AUGGCGACAAAGAAAGAGCUGAUGGCCGAUGAGCCGUCCAAGGCCCUCGACCUCCUCGACACCGCGGAGGGCGAGAUCGUCGAUCCCCAGGAGUACUCGGCUCUCCUCCGCAAGAUCGACUUCCGGCUGAUGCCUCUGCUUUGCAUCACAUACGCCCUGCAAUCCAUCGACCGUACCACGCUCAGCUACGCGGCUGUCUUCGGUGUCCGCGAGGAUAUUGGUCUCACAGGCUCAGAGUUCUCAUGGGCUGGCGCCGUGUUGUAUCUCGGGUACCUUUUCUGGGAAUUUCCGACGAACGUGCUUCUGCAGAAGCUCCCUGUCGGCACCUUCUUCGCGGCGACCGUCGUCCUCUGGGGCGCGGUCCUCAUGUGCCACGGCGCCGUGCACAGCUUCCCCGGACUCGCGGCGACAAGAUUCUUCCUCGGCAUGUUCGAGGCCUCGGCCAACCCCACCACUAUGAUCCUGUUCUCCAUGUACUACGAGCGCAAAGAGCAGCCUUUACGCAUGGGCAUCUGGAUUGGAUCUGCCGGGUUGGGAUAUAUCGCCGCUGGAAUCGUCUCAUUCGGCCUCGGGCACAUCUCGGGAUCGAUUGCGAGUUGGCGGAUUCUGUUCCUGUUCUGGGGCUCGAUCACUGUUGCGUGGGGUGCGCUGAUGUUGAUCUUCCUACCGGGCUCGCCUCUUACGACCAAGUUCCUGAGUGAGAAGGAGAGAGCGAUGGUUGUCAACCGUGUGAAGACGAACGGUACUGGCGUUGAGAACAAGGAGUUCAAGUGGCCUCAAUUUUGGGAGGCCAUGAGGGACUUGAAGACGUGGUUGUUGUUCCUCUUUGCUGUUGCUAGCAACUCACCCAACGGUGGUUUGACGACUUUUCAAGGUCUUGUCAUCAAGGGAAUGGGCUUCUCGACUCUGCAGACUACCCUCAUUCAGAUGCCCUCUGGCGGAGUUCAGCUGAUUCUCUGCCCCUUGGCAUGCUUCUUCGCAUCCUACUACCCCAACGCCCGUCUCACCAUCAUGCUUGCCUGUCUCGCGCCCUUCCUUGCAGGCAUCCUCGGACUCUGGCUCAUCGACCAGUCAAACCCGUACGGCCGCCUCGCCUGUCUCUGGAUCUCUUUUGCCUACACCGCCACCUGGACGCUGUCCAUGUCCGUUGCAACCGCUAACACCGCCGGACAUACCAAGAAGAUCACCACCAACGCGAUGCUGCUCAUUGGAUACUGCGUCGGAAACUUCAUCGGCCCCUUCUUCUUUAAGACAGAGCAGGCUCCCAGGUACACCCUUGGCGUCGCGAUGAUGAUCUUCUGCGUUGGUCUUCAGAUUGCUUGUUUGGCGGGCAUCUGGGUUCUUCUGUGGACUCGCAACCGCUCACGGAAGACUGAGCAUGCAGAGUCGCCGGAGAAUGAGCAGCAAGCCUACGAACGAGGUCUUUUGGAUCAGACCGACUUCGAGAACAAGUAUUUCAAAGUGUAG